AUGGGCAACAAGCAUCCCAGCUUCCUUCCAUGUCCGGAUGUGGCUGCCAUUUGGCUCACCGACUGCCACGCUUGCUGCAUUCUCCUCAUCAACGACGACGCCGCCGCCGCCGCCAUUACCGUCUUCGUCGCCCCUCCUGUUGCUGCUGCUGCAGAUGCUUGGGGUGUGGAUGAGCUUGCCUUGCCCCCAUCCUCAUCGUCGUCCUGA